GGGCGACUCCCGCAGUCUUCCGGCCCCGCGCGCGCGGAGCCGAGGCCGUGGCUCCCACCCACCCGGCGCAGCUCCGCACCUCCCGCCGCGUCGCCCGCUGCCGCUGCAGCUCCUCGCGGCCGCGGAAGCCAGGCCUCUCCGGCUGUCGGGCCCCCUCCGCCCUCUCCGCCGUGACGAAUCGGCGUCCAGCUGGGAAAAUACCCAAACUCGGCGUUUUAAGGAAAGCCUCAAAAAAAUCUUUGACUGUACGAAGCAUCAGCACGUCCUCAGUAGAAGGUUUAUUUUUGUAAAGAAAGUCGGGUGGGGCCUGGACAGAAAUUACGAAGAGUGUUGAAAGUGCGAGUGCGGAAGCUCGGGACGCGAGGGGCGGGGCGUGUGCGGGACAAAGGGAAGCGAGGCCGGAGCUGCCGGCGCUUUUUCUGCCCGCGGUGUCUCAGAUUCAUUCUUAAGGAACUGAGAACUUAAUCUUCCAAAAUGUCAAAAAGACCAUCUUAUGCCCCACCUCCCACCCCAGCUCCUGCAACACAAAUGCCCAGCACACCAGGGUUUGUGGGAUACAAUCCAUACAGUCAUCUCGCCUACAACAACUACAGGCUGGGAGGGAACCCGGGCACCAACAGCCGGGUCACGGCAUCCUCUGGUAUUACGAUUCCAAAACCCCCAAAGCCACCAGAUAAGCCGCUGAUGCCCUACAUGAGGUACAGCAGAAAGGUCUGGGACCAAGUAAAGGCUUCCAACCCUGACCUAAAGUUGUGGGAGAUUGGCAAGAUUAUUGGUGGCAUGUGGCGAGAUCUCACUGAUGAAGAAAAACAAGAAUAUUUAAACGAAUACGAAGCAGAAAAGAUAGAGUACAAUGAAUCUAUGAAGGCCUACCAUAAUUCCCCCGCAUACCUUGCUUACAUAAAUGCAAAAAGUCGUGCAGAAGCCGCUUUAGAGGAAGAAAGUCGACAGAGACAGUCUCGCAUGGAGAAAGGGGAACCUUACAUGAGCAUUCAGCCUGCUGAAGAUCCAGAUGAUUAUGAUGAUGGCUUUUCAAUGAAGCAUACAGCCACCGCCCGUUUCCAGAGAAACCACCGCCUCAUCAGUGAAAUCCUUAGUGAGAGUGUGGUGCCAGACGUUCGGUCCGUUGUCACAACAGCUAGAAUGCAGGUCCUCAAACGACAGGUCCAGUCCUUAAUGGUUCAUCAGCGAAAACUAGAAGCUGAACUGCUUCAAAUAGAGGAACGACACCAGGAAAAGAAGAGGAAAUUCCUGGAAAGCACAGAUUCAUUUAACAAUGAACUUAAAAGGUUGUGCGGUUUGAAAGUAGAAGUGGAUAUGGAAAAAAUUGCAGCUGAAAUUGCACAGGCAGAGGAACAGGCUCGCAAAAGGCAGGAGGAAAGGGAAAAAGAGGCAGCAGAACAAGCUGAACGCAGUCAGAGCAGUAUUGUUCCUGAGGAAGAGCAAGCCGCUAAUAAGACCGAAGAAAAGAAAGAAGAUGAGAGCAUUCCAGUGGAGACAGAGGAGACACACCUGGAAGAAACGACGGAAAGCCAGCAGAAUGGGGAAGAAGGCACAUCGACUCCUGAGGACAAGGAGAGCGGGCAGGAAGGGGUGGACAGUAUGGCAGAGGAAGGGACCAGUGACAGCAACACUGGCUCUGAGAGCAACAGUGCAACAGUGGAGGAGCCACCGACAGAUCCAAUACCAGAAGACGAGAAAAAAGAAUAAAUGUUGCCUUGUUUUAUGUGUUCUAAAUACUUUUUUAAAUGGAAAAAAAAAAAAAAUUUUUGAGUUUUAAUGGUGUUAUGUGGUUUGUGUAUUAAUAUUUUUCUUGUCCAUAUCACACCACCAAAGGUUUUUGGACCAUUUAGCAUCAUGAGCUGAAUGGCAUAGUCACCUUAAGUGGUUGUGAAGAUGGCUCUUCUUUAGAUCUUGUUUCUAGUCUUCAACUGUUGAAAGCCUCAGAAUUUAAAUUGAGAAAAUGCCCACCUCUUGUAGAGAAUUAUCCUUUGAUGCUGCAAAAUACACUCUUACAAAUGCCUUCCUACAGCUCAACUGGGGUGCUUACCAAAGCCAUAGCUUUAAAUCUUCUCAGUCCCCAACCACAGCUCCCUGAAAGUUCCCUUUCCUGUUUACUUCCACAAAGAGUAGCUUCUUGAAAAUGUAAUCAUGUGUGAGUAUACGUUUCUUCACUUACCCUUUUUUCUUUGUAAUCAAUAUCAGAUGCCAAGAGUGUGUUAAGGUGUUGAGUGUACCUGCAACUACACUUGGAUCGCGUUGAUCCAGAAAUAGUCUCCAUAGUUAAGAGUAGUUACUAGCUUAUGAAGUAGUCAUUAAGGUGAACAUGGCACAUAGGCACUAUACUACCUUUUGUUGUAAUUAAUAUUGGGUGUGUCCUGGUAAAUUCAUCCUUAACUGUACAGAAAAAAAAAUUAUUUUUAUCAUGUUUCCAAAGACAAUAAAUCACAAAGCUCAAGGAAUUGAAUAUUCUUGCAAUGGAGUGUAUGACUUCGAAAUGAUUAACUCAUUCUAGAAGAAAACCAGCUGAGAAAUUAAGUUCAUCCACUUGAAAUUGUUUUACAAUAAGACAUUCAAAACCUCAAGGCUCAGGAUCCCAUAGGUCAGAGCCUACCUUUUUGAUAAACUUAGUGUAAAGUCUUAGAGACUAGAAGCGAGAUAAUUUGUGACACGUAUGCUUCCCAAAAACUAGAAUAGAUUUUUACUGAAUAGUGGUAUAUCUGAUGGUAUAUGUUUCUUAAGGUCCAAAUGUAAUAAAAAAAAAAUG